AUGAAGGCGAAAAACCGUGACCAAAGCUUGUCGGACUCUAGAGAGCUGGACGGAUCCUAUGACCAGCUCACGGGUAAUCCUUCCACCAGCCAAAGCAAAAAAACCAUAAAGCAGCGAUUCCUCAAGCUGCUGCCAUGCUGCAAGCCCGAGGCUGCCCCCUCAAUCAGUGAAAGCAACGUGGAAGAUGACUUUGAGUUAUCUAUCGUGUGUCAUCGCCCAGAAAGCAUGGACAAGCUGCAGGAGCAGACUAAGUUCACGAAGAAGGAGCUGCAAGUCCUCUACAGGGGCUUCAAAAAUGAGUGUCCCUGUGGUGUGGUGAAUGAGGAGAACUUUAAGAUCAUUUACUCCCAGUUCUUUCCACAAGGAGAUUCAAGUAUGUAUGCACAUUUCCUGUUUGAAGCCUUCGACACUAACAAGAACGGCUCAAUUAGUUUCGAGGACUUUGUAUUUGGCUUGUCUAUCAUCUUGAGAGGGACCAUUAAUGACCGGUUAAACUGGGCGUUCAACCUCUAUGACCUGAACAAAGAUGGCUGCAUAACCAAAGAGGAGAUGUUUGACAUCAUGAAGUCCAUCUAUGACAUGAUGGGGAAGUACACGUACCCCACGAUGCAGGACGACAUUCCAAGAGAACACGUGGAGAGCUUCUUCCAGAAAAUGGACCGGAAUAACGACGGGGUGGUCACGAUAGAAGAGUUCAUUGAGUCAUGCAAAAAGGAUGAGAGUAUCAUGCAGUCCAUGCAGCUGUUUGACAACGUCAUCUAA